UGUUUGAACAAGAUGGAGUCUAGUGGAAACGUGUGUUAGCAGAGUGUCUUUGUUGUGUUUUCAAAGUGUGAACAUGUCUAAAGUCCAAAUGCUGAGAGCGUUGGUGAAGCAGCGACUAACUGCGGCUGCUGAAGAGAUAUUUGGGCUGUUUGAAAGAACGAUAGCAGAGUACGAGGAGGAACUUUGUCGAUCAAAAGAGGAGAACGAGCGACAACGGAAACUACUGGACGCUGUUUUCAAGCCUCAGCUUCGGUUACACAGAGCAGACGUCCAGCAGCUGCCGGUGGUUAAAGAAGAGGUUCCCCCUGAGCAGCAGGAGUGGAGCUCCAGUGUGGACCAGGAGGGCCCAGAGCCUCCACACAUUAAAGAGGAACAGGAGGAACUCUGGAUCAGUCAGGAGGGAGAGCAGCUUCAAGGGCUGGAGGAGGAUGAUAUCAUCAAGUUCACAUUCACUCCUGUCCCUGUGAAGAGUGAAGAUGAUGAAGAGAAACCUCAGUCCUCACAGCUUCAUCAAAGACACACUGAACAGAUGGAAACAGAAGCAGAGGGAGAGGACUAUGGAGGAGCAGAACGAGCCAGGAACUCAGAUCCAGAUACACAUUUCCAACCAGAGAAUGAUGACGAGACUGGAGAGUCUUCUGAACCUGAGACUGAUAGCAGUGAUAGUGAUUUGGUGGAAACAAGAGAACCACAGUCAGGUUUAAACUGUCUGAAAAAUGAAGUCCCAGUCAGUGAUAUAACUGCUGAUGAGAAACGAUUUAGUUGCUCUGAGUGUGGGAAAAGAUUCGGUCGCAAUGGAGAUCUUAACAGACACAUGAGAUCACAUACAGGAGAGAAACCAUUUAGUUGCUCUGAGUGUGGGAAAAGAUUUAGUCAAAGUGGAACUCUGAGGGUACACAUGCGAUCUCAUACAGGGGAGAAACCAUUUAGUUGCUCUGAGUGUGGGAAAAGAUUUAGUCAAAGUGGAGUUCUGAGAGUACACGUGAGAUCUCAUACAGGGGAGAAACCAUUUAGCUGCUCCGAGUGUGGGAAAAGAUUUAGUCGAAAUUAUCAUCUGAACAGACACAUGAGAUCGCAUACAGGAGAGAAACCAUUAAAUUGCUCCGAGUGUGGGAAAAGAUUUAUUCAAAGUGGAGCUCUGAGGGUACACAUGAGAUCUCAUACAGGAGGGAAACCAUUUAGUUGCUUUGAGUGGGAGAAGAUGUGUUUGCAGUAAAAAAAUUAAAAAGACACGACAUCUCACACAGGAGAGAAACCAUUUUGUUGCUCUGAUUGUGGGAAAAGAUUUCAGUGCAGGGAAGAUCUGAAUAGACUCAUUAGAUGUCAGAUCUUCAGUCACAGUGAAGUUCUGAGGGUCCACAUGAGAUCUCAUACAGGGGAGAUGCCAUUUAGCUGCUCUGAGUGUGGGAAAACAUUUGGUUACAGUAGUGUUUUAAAGAUACACAUGAGGGCUUAUACUGGAGAGAAACCAUUGCGUUGCUCUGAGAGUGGGAAAAGAUUUGGUCAAAGUGGAAAUCUGACGGUAAACAUGAGAUCUUAUACAGGAGAGAAACCAUAUUACUGCUCUUAAUGUGGGAAAACAUUUGGUUACAGUAGUGUUAUGAAGAUACAUAUGAGAUCUCAUACAGGAGAGAAACCAUUUAGCUGUUUAAUUUGUGGAAAAUUGUUUACACAAUGUGGAUAUUUACAUGCACACAUGAGGAGAACUCAUGAUGGGGAAAACUGAUUCAGCUAUUCAGUGUGAAAAAUUAUAUUUUAUUUGGAAAAAGACUGUAAAAAAAAACAUGAGAACUCGUACAGGACAAACACUUUUCAGCUUCAGUGUUUGUAUGAAAUCUUUUACACAAACUGGACAUGUUUUGUUUGUUAGUCUGCACAGCCUCAUCAAACUCAAACUGAGGAGAGCAGAGAGGCAGAGCCUCCAGCCAGCAGCUCAACUACACCGAUGGAACCAGAAGUUAACAGAGAGGACUGUGGAGGACCAGAAUCAGCCAGAUACAAAUUUUCAACCUGAGACUGAUGAUAAGACAGAAGACUCUUCUAAACCUGUGACUGAUGACAGUGAUAAUAGUUGGAAGGAGACCAGAGAACCUCUGUCAGUCAGUCAUGUGACACUCAAUACUAACCAAAAACAAUUAAGUUACUCAGUGUGGGGUAAAAAGAUUUGUCUGUCAGAGAUGCUCAGUUUUUACAGUCCACAGUUCCUCUGCAUAGUUUCUGCCAUCUUUCCUUCUCUCAUAUUUAUGUGCAGCAGCACUGUGCAGUCAAGGGCUGGGCCGUGGGCUGAUGCGGACAGGCACAUCAGAGGGGACGCCACUGAGCGACCUUCAUGACUCAGCCUUCAUUUGUAAUUGUGUUAUCAGCUUUACACUCCCAGUUUGGAGAAGCAGACAAGAGAACUGGCAUGGUUAGGUCGCUUCCCAAAGUCACACAACAACAGAAACUAACUGUCCAAUCGAAGGGCAGCUGAAGACCAGUGACUCAUUGUGUUCUGUGAGGUAAAAUUACUGAUUCUGUCAGUGGAGUCUGGUUGCUUUUAGGAGAGCACCAUGCAACUGCAUCAGUUUGCCAUUGUAAAGGGACUGUCUGACAGCAAGGUGAGGUGUUGAAAAUACUCUUAACAAAGUGUUCUUUUACACUGGUGAUCCUUUUUUUUUCAUGUGGUAAAGAUAUUUUUUGCUGCUGCCCCCGUCCGGUCACCAGACUCCUUUGAUAGAAACAGCAAAUUUUUUCUGCCUGGCUCUCAUGCCAAUUUUUUGUCUCCUCUGUGUCCCUUCUCUAACUUCAGAGGAUUUUACGGGUUCAGAAACGCAGCGCAGACGGAAGUCUUCAUGAUUUUUAAAAAUAAAUAAUUCCUCCCUCCCUAUUUUAAAAAGGAACAGCCAGGGGUUUAAAUAUAGAUAGUACAGGUAGUGCAGUUGCACUGGACCUUGCAAAUGAUUCAGAUUUCCACUUCGGAACUACAGCUGUGUUUCUAAAGAAAAGAAAAAAAUCCCAUUACAUUAAUAAUGGUGCCAUAUGCUACAGGCUAUUUGACCUGAAACAUGCCAACACAUCUCUGUCAUAAUUUUCUUUUUUUCUUUUCUCUCCUUUUUGUAAAAUAGUCAGUAGCAAUCUACAACAAAAUGAUAUGCUGAUUCUACAUGAACCCGAAAAUCCAUGAAUAAACUAUAUGUAUUUAAAAAUGAUUCAAUUAAAUGAAUAAUUUCUUA